AUGAUACAUCGGGCGGUGCGAAAAACAAAGGCAUACUUUGUUAUCUUAUUCGCGAUAUUUCUGAUAGCGUUAACAGCUGGCCGAGGAGACGCCAGGAACGAAGUCGGUUUGGCAGCGAUAGAUCUACAAUAUCCGUACUUGAUUCUCUGUCAAAUCAGCGAUUGUCAAACAUACGUGAAUACCUUGACGAAAAUUAACAUGCUCGAUCCAAUAGAAAUAUUGAUGCCAGAAACGAUGUACGAGCGUCGCAAUCAUGAGAAUAAACUGUACAAAUCGAUCAAAGAAAAAUUCAAUGCUCUCAACAUCACGCCGAUUUCACGAAUACACUUCAACGAGUCUACCGGCAUGGAACGUGUGCGAACUCUAUGUGCCAGAGAGUAUUCGACCGUGGAAUUGAUAGUGAAACAAAAAUAUUACGCUUUGGCUGCGGCCGCAGCAUUGUUAAAAUACGUAGAAUACGUCCAGCACAUGGUUUACGCUCCAAAGUCGAUGCGAAUAGAGUUUCAAGGAUCACCCAACACUACAAUGAUUGAUAUCGAGAGCGCGCGGAGCCUGGAACUGGUCGUCUCGCAGUCCAAGCAUACCAUCGUCAGUCUGCUGGGCACGAUGGAUCGCUGUCUUACCCCGAUGGGUAGGAGACUCCUGCGCGCCUCUAUCCUUCAGCCCAGCUGCGACGAACGUCUAAUCCUGGAUCGACAAUCCUGCGUAGCAGAAUUGGUGGCCGAUCGUUCUCUAUGCACCAGUCUUCAGCCAGUAGUGCAACGCCUUUUUGGCACGGAUCGCUUGCUGACGUUGGCGAUUAAACCUUUACACGUCAACGAUAUACAAAACGCAGAGCGAAAUCUAAACUACGCGUUGCUCUUGAAGAGCUGUCUGGACAUCGUCCCAGAACUGGAAGCGAUCCUCGCGAACGGUAUUCAUCCGUUUUUCGUGAAAAUGCGAAAGAAUUUAAAAAAUUCGGAAUUUCAAGUUAUGAAGGAUAAGAUUUUGACAUUGAUACACGCGGAUGCGAAAUUUGUGAAGGGAUGUAUUUCCCUGAGUAUGCAGAGAUGCUUCGCUAUAAAAGCUGAUAUCAAUGAAUUGUUGGAUGUAGCUCGGCAAAUUUACUGCGAAUUAAUCAGUGACAUGAAAAAUAUGGUAGAGCAAUUAGCCAUAAAAUACAAGCUUCCAUUAUCCUUGGAAUACAACGCGAACUUGGGCUAUCAUAUAAAUGUUGUGACACCGCAAAAUAUGAACAUGAUAAUCUCAGACUUGCCGGCGGAAUUUAUUCAGGCGCGAAAGAACAGGAGAUCCCUUACGAUGACCACAACAGCAUUAUUGACGUUAAAUAAACAGUGCAAGAAAGCUUGCGAGGAGGUUUACGUAAUGAGCAACACAUUGUUGACUUAUUUACUGGAAGAUAUAAGACAGCAUGUCGGCUGCUUGUUUCAAUUGAGCGCUGACGUGGCGGAAUUAGACUUGAUACUAUCGUUGGCGCAAAUCAGCAGUAAUCCGGAAUACGUGAGACCGUCGUUCGGGACCAAAUUAGAACUGGUAAACUCGUUUCAUCCCAUUAUGGAGUUAUUUAACAGGGAUUUACCCGUAGCCAACGAUGUGAACGCCUCGAUUCCGUACAAUUUUCAUCUGAUAACUGGACCAAACAUGAGCGGCAAGUCCACGUACCUAAAACAGAUCGUUCUACUUCAAAUCAUGGCGCAGAUCGGUUCUUACGUGCCGGCGACGAAGGCGACGUUUCGCAUUGCGGACCGCAUACUUUGUAGAAUGAGCUCUCGCGACGACGCCGAGCUAAAUGCGUCCGCCUUCGUCCUCGAGAUGAAGGAGGCGCAAUACAUUCUGCAAUCCGUCACGCCUAGGUCUCUCGUGGUUCUAGACGAGCUCUGCAGACAUACCACUGUCGAGGAAGGUUCGUCCAUCGCUUGGUCGAUAUGCGAGAAAUUAUUGCUGACGACAGCGUUCACGUUUGCCGCGACGCACUUUUUACAUCUCACCGCGCUAAGAAACAUGUAUCACAACGUGACAACUCAUUGCUUCGAGACAAAAACUGCAGAAUCGGAAGAAUCGAACGAAUUACAUCUGAUAUACACUCACAAGUUGAACCCCGGAGUAGGACCUACCGAUCACUAUGGCAUUUCUCUGGCGGAAGUCUCUUCUUUGCCGAAAUGCGUUACGAUUAAAGCGCGAAAAUUCGCGUCUCAACAAUCUACCGCACAGAAUAAUCUCGGAUCAGUUGCGAGCUUCCCAUCGUGGGAAAAAUUGUGUUACAACGCGAUCGUUCAGUUGGGCGCACUGUUGGAGAACAAUCGUUUCACUUUCGCAAAUAUCAUAAAUAUUAUAAGUCAACUGGAUCUGGUCGAGCAACAUAAAAAGCAACUGCUUACAGAAGGAGCACAAAUUCUCGUAAAACCCACGAGCGUCACUCGAGAAUGUGAGAAACGCGAGAAGACCUUUGCUUCGAACGAUAAUCCAACGACGUCGACCAACGCAAUGUCAUUAACCGAAUUAGCGGAACGAAAUAGAGGUCAACGAGGACAGGAAAUAUAUAACGAACCAAUGAAAAUUGUGGAAACUGAUCGGAAUCGAAAGACAGAUUUGUCGAUCCACGGGGCUGUUGUAAAUCGGGCGACACUCUCGUCACAGCCAAAGAGAAUCGAUAAAGAUUCGAGAAUCGUUAAUUCGCCUUUAUUAAUUCCUAGCUCGUCGCAAUUAUCCGAUUCAAAUUUCACAAAGACCAAGUCGCUCGAACCACCGAUCCCUGAUGAAAGUCCUAUCCCCAUCGAUCCGCGAUUUUACGUUUGCACGUCUUUCGAGGCAACAAUCAGCCAGAAGACAACGUUAGUAGUCGAAGAACCGGAAGGGCAGACGGAGAUAAUGUUACCCCAUGGCAGCUUAAGAUCGAGUGUCGCUUUAAACUCAAUAGCGCCUUCUUUGUCAGCAUCUUCUAGAUCCUCUCAAUAUUACGAUUAUUGUUUAUCCGAAGGAGAAUUCGACGUUAGUCUGCUGUCUUCUGAAACAAAUUCGAGUAAUAUCAUGAAAAUGAAACGAUCUAAAGAGACCUCGCGAAUCGAAACUGAUUCGUCCUUCGACAGAAGAGCUUUCUUGCUUGUGCAAGAAUCAUUGAGCCUUACUCCGGACGAUGACAUAGUGAUGUCACCGGCAUAA